AUGUCUGACAAACCCAAUGUGGCUAAGAUGGAGAAAUUCGAUAAGUCGAAAUUGAAGAAGAUGGAAACGCAAAAGAAAAAUCCACUGCCUUCCAAAGAAAUGAUCAAACAGGAGAAGCAAGCAGGAGUUGUACGAGGAGAGCGCCUCCAAUAA